GUGUUCUUGUUCUAGCCUAGAAUAGCCUCUGAGCUGUUUUGAGAUCGAUCUUUUUUGACUAGGUGCCGUUAGUGUGGAAUCACUUUUGUUUUUCGAUCUCUUAAAAAGUCAGCACUCAACACAAGAGCCGUAUUGUUUAGGCUGAGAGCCAGGCUUCAAAAUGGACAGAUAUGAUUUAAGUGGCAAACGUGCAGCCUUGAUAAUGUGCGGUGGGGGUAGACCGGGCGCUGAGUAUGACGUUAAAAGAAUAAAGGAGUUCUGCAAACAGAAUAAGUUUCCUGAAUCUAGUUAUACGGUUAAAUGCAAAACCAAAGAGGUAAGUUACGUUAUAUUCAAUUCAGUGUUUUCUGUGAACAGGCAAUCAAUAACACUCUGAUUGCAAUAAUUACUAUUCAGAGAGGGGUAAACACUAACUAAGCUAACUUACGCUCAAGUCGAAAACAGCUUAUUUCCUACUGAAGUUUCAUCUAACUAGGCCCAGCAUGAAUGUUAUCACUUAUUAUUGAGUUCAAGGACAUAGACGUAUUUUCCAGCUCGUGUCAUUGACCUCUGAUCAACCUUUAUCUAACUCUACUUAACAACAACAAGGGAAACAAAACAACUAAUAAAAAAAACAAAAAGUAUGUAGAGGCGUAGUGCAUGAAACUAAAACAGUGUUUACAUUAGCGUCCAUCAUCUGAACUGGCCUUCAGCAUUUACCAUCACAUCCCAUUGAGACUGUUUUUCUAAAGCAUUCUGGGUUGGUUGCAAAACGUAUUAGUAUCCCCACGCAUAUUCAUAUGUACAUUGCAAAUGCAACAAUAAUCAAAUGAGAAACCAAUUUUAACCAAUCUGGGAUUGGUACAUACAUUUUUCAACUUUUACUUUUAAAACAAUCAUUUUGAUCCCAUGGAUGGUUAGUUGUUCAAAUCAAAUUGUAUUUGUCACAUGUGCCGAAUACAACAGGUGUAGACCUUACAGUGAAAUGCUUACUUACAAGCCAUAGCUAUGCAUUUGAGAGUGGUUACAUUUCUCCUGCCCCAUCCCUUAGAUGUUUACCAUAAGAAGUGGCACGGUGACCUAUACUAAUUGAAAUUAGAUUGUGUGUCUAAGCCUUUUCACAUUUAACACAGGCAUUGUAAAAGUUCAUCAAUGUUUUGGGGAAAAUAUCUGCGUUCAUAUUUCAAGUCAUGACAAAAGUUAAAAGAGGGGAUCGCCCAUAAGGUGUGACACACUACCGCUAUGACGCAACCAGUCAGACUGUAUGUCACUACAAAGAUGUCUUCUGGUUCAGUUCACUAUAGAGCCUCCGAGGUGUUUUGAGACGUUGUUCACUAGGUUAAGAACGCCAUGUUUGUGUCCUUUUGUCUACAUCUGUGUCAGGAGUGGAUAUUUCAGGUACUUUCCACAGACAGUGCUCAGCACCUCCCCCUCAGUUUCAAUAUCAAUGUUUGUUGUUAUUUUUUGGCUUGAAGCCGAUAUAAUGUCACCAUCUGUUCUUCAAAAGCAUGAUAAGGGGGGAGUUUGGUGACAUUUCCAUUGUGGAACAGAGGAAUAGUGCUGUUUUGGUAAUAGAUGUUGGAUGAGAGGUGUUCUUUGAAAACAGUGUACUGGAACAAACAAACAGCUAGUGUGACAACCUGGUCUCACAGCAUUUCGUAUUAUUCUGUACAUAAAUCCGAGACUGUCACACCCUGGCUCUGGGGACUCUGAAAUGUUGAGCCAGGGUGUGUAGUUUUGUUGUUAUAUUUUCUAUGUUGAUGUUCUAGAUCGUUUAUAUCUAUGUUGGCCAGGGUGGUUCCCAAUCAGAGGCAGCUGUAGCUUGUUGUCUCUGAUUGGGGACCAUACUUAGGCAGCCGUUUGGCACUAGUCGGUGUGGGAUCUUGUUCCGUUAAGGUUUGUUUUGUGUAACCUAGGACUUCACGUAUCGUUUGUUUGUUGUUUUGGGUCGUGUUAAGUACUAAAUAAAAUAUACGCUUAUCACGCUGCGCCUUGGUUCCACGAGUCAUUAAACGAUCGUGACAGAAGAUCCCACCAAAAGAGGACCAAGCAGCGUGUCCAGGAACAGACAGCCUGGACCUGGGAGGAGAUCCUGGACGGGAAGGGAUCCUGGACUUGGGAGGAGAUUCAGGCCGGAAUGGAUCGCCGUCCUUGGGAGGAGACUGUGGAGGCGCGCUAUAGAGAGGAGCAGCGGCAACGCAGAGGGUACCGGCCGAGGAGGAAGCCCGAGAGACAGCCCCAAUAAAACAAAUUGGGGGGGCUAAAAGGGUGGUUGGCGGAGCCUAGGGUUAGAGCAGAGCCAACUCCCCGUACUCAGGCUAGGAAGCGUGUGACUGGGCAGGCUCCGUGUUAUGCGGUGCCACGUACUGUGCCGCGAGUGUUCCGGCACAGUCCUGUACGUCCUGUGCUAGCACCACGCACGUGUCGUGCAAAGAUGGGCAUGCAGCCAGGACGGGGUGUGCCGGCUCAAUGCUCGUGGCCUCCAGUACCCCUCCUCGGUCCCGGAUAUCCUGUGCCAGUGCCACGUGCUGUAGCGCCAGUACGAGUGCACAGCCCCGUACGUCCUGUGCUGAUGCCUCACGCGUAUUGUGUGGAAGUAGGCAUUCAGCCAGGACGGGUUGUGUCAGCUCUCCGCUCCAGACCUCCAGUUCGCCUCCACAGUCCGGCCCGGCCCGUUCCGGCUCCCCGCACCAAGCCAGUGGUGCGUGUUCCCAGUCCAGCCCGGCCUGUUCCGGCUCCCCGCACCAAGCCAGUGGUGCGUGUUCCCAGUCCGGUCCGGCUUGUUCCUGUCCCUCGCGCCAAGCCAGUGGUGCGCGUCGCCAGUCCGAACCGGCCUGUUCCUGCACCUCGCACCAAGCCAGUGGUGCGCGUCGCCAGCCCGGUCCGGCCUGUUCCUGCUCCCAGCACCAAGCCAGUGGUGCACUGUCACGCCCUGGCUCUGGGGACUCUGAAAUGUUGAGCCAGGGUGUGUAGUUUCGUUGUUAUAUUUUCUAUGUUGAUGUUCUAGAUCGUUUAGAUCUAUGUUGGCCAGGGUGGUUCCCAAUCAGAGGCAGCUGUAUCUCGUUGUCUCUGAUUGGGGACCAUACUUAGGCAGCCGUUUGGCACUAGUCUGGGUGGGAUCUUGUUCCGUUAAGGUUUGUUUUGUGUAACCUAGGACUUCACGUAUCGUUUGUUUGUUGUUUUGUGUCGUGUUAAGUACUAAAUAAAAUGUACGCUUAUCACGCUGCGCCUUGGUUCCACGAGUCAUUAAACGAUCGUGACAGAGACUCUCUAUAUAGUAUGAUAUGUUAAGUUUCGUAUGGUAUGUAUUAAUUUGUGAAUGCCCAUCACCUAUUUUAUGAUAUGUUACAAAUUACAAUUCAUAUUAUAUGUUAUGAAUUUGCGAAACGUACAAUAUGUUACGAAUUUGCAAAACAUAUAUGUUAUGAAUUCUAGCUAGCUUGGAACUAGCAUUAGCUAGCUGGCUAAUGUUGGCUAGGCUAAGGGUUAGGGGUUAGGGUUAAGGUUAGGAGUUAGGUUAAAGGGUUAGGGGAAAGGUUAGCUAAAAGGGUUAGGGUUAGGGGAAGGUUUAGCUAAAAUGGUUAAGGUUAGGGUUUGGGGAAGGUUUAGCUAACAUGCUAAGUAGUUCCAAGGUAGCUAAAAAGUAAUAAGUAGUUAAAAAGUUGCUAAUUAGCUAAGAUGCUAAAGUUGUCCGUGAUGCGAUUCAAACGUUUGGGUUAUACGCCCACCCAUCCACCCCAACUUACCACCUUACUUUCGUUUUUGCCUUAAGUAACCAUCUGUCUUAUGUUGUCAUACCAAACAUAAGCUAUCAUAUCAAUUUGAGUGUCACAUCUUUUUCGUUUACUAUGUUACGUCUAGUCUAUGAGACCAGGCUUAGUGUGAGCAAUGCAAAUGAAUGAGAGGUAAAAUAAUAACAAUAAUAAUAAUACAUCGAUAAGGGAGAGAAAAGCAUUACAAAGAAUGAACACAACAUCUAUUCUAUUGUUUUACUAUAGACCAUGUUGUUGUUCUUUUAACCCCCUAGGACUUAAGAGUAAUUGGUGCUGAAAUCAAUACUUUUUUGUUAACCAAAGGAUUUGAAAGAAAACAAACAUUUGAACCCAGGUCUGGAAUCUCAUUCCCUGCUGUAUUUGACAAAUUUCAGGACGUAACUGAUGCACUGAAGUCAUUUCGAGACAACCUGAGCGGUGACGUCAGUUGCCUCGCAAUGUUUAUCAUGGCCCAUGGUGCACUUGGACACAUUGAAGUCAAUGAUGAAGAGGUUCUGGAUCUAGAGGAAAUCUACCAGAUGUUUAACAACAGCCAGUGUCCAGCCCUCCGUGAGAAACCAAAGCUCUUCGUUGUGCAAGCCUGUAGGGGAGGUGUGUCUCUUUACAUAUUGGUGUUUGAAAGCUUGUGAUCUUUUUUUACAUUGCUGGUAUAAUGUUUAUUGAUAAAUACACCAUUUGUCUCUAUUUACUGUAUUUAUUUUCAGUGAAGGGACGUCCUAAAGACCCUUACACGGAUGGAGGUAGAUCUUCUGGUGCGUUCUCAAAAAGGUUGCUUCCCACCGAGUCUGACUCCAUGGAAGUGUAUGCAGUACCUCCAGGUUAAUUCUUUCACAUAACUGAGUAGGCUAUAUCCUUCAUGUAAUAAUGUAAUGUCCAUUUUUUUAGUAACCUCUUCUCUUUUUUUUAUCACAGGAAAACUUGCCAUCAGACACCCGGACAGAGGAUGCCCAUUGUUUGAAGAGAUGCACAAAGUGUUUACUAAGGAUUCAGUCGUUAACCAUGAUGUGUAUGAACUCUUCACAGAGGUCAGUACGGUUGAUGGAGAAACAUGCUCAUAAAGUCACAUUUAAAGGGGUUACGUUGUAUUAUUAUUAUUAUUAUUUUUGAAUCUCUUUCCAGGUGAACCGACGGCUGGGUCAAAGGAAGGAUGGUAGAAAGGACGGAUAUGAACAUGAUUUCAUGCCAACAUUAGGAGGCAUCAACAGAAACACAUCGCCAGUAGAAUCAUCUGAUGAUAUAGGGCGCUCUCUUCAAAUCGUGACCAAUCUGACCAAAAAGUUGUACCUCUGAUAGGGAGAUGGGAGGAGGAGGGAGAAGGCUAUAGGCACCUUUUGAAUACAGUAUACUUCGGUUCAAAGGGACAUUCACUUUUGAAUGGCAAGAUUGCUGCCAGUAUAUAUUGAUUUAUAGCCUUCCCUCUGAUCAGGAUAUAUUAAUAGUUUAAGCCACUAAGAGUGAAAUAUUGAAAAUAAUGGACCUGGGCCCGGUUUCCCAAAAAGCAUCUUAAGGUUUUGUUUACCUUAAGCCGUGUUCACAUUGGCAGUUU